ACAUUGUAUCAGGCUCCCGACACCGAGCUACACAAACAGCCAUCGGGAUAGAUUCGGCGCCGUGGCCGGACGAACGGAGUCACGGGUUUGGGGUCCAUUUCUGAACCCGGGGGGGACUUAACUAUCUUGGGCCGGGAGGCCGCAGAGGCUGGCUCGGAAGCCCAGCGCGCAUUAUUCCCCUUUUAACCGGCAUUUUUUGGACGGGAUCUCCGGCGUGCGAUGGCUGCAGCCCAGUGAGGCGGCCUCCUCCUCCUCCUCCUCCUCCCCCGCCGCUGGAUAAGGUACCUCAGGAGCGGGUUCAUUCGUAUUUAUUCCGAAGGAAGGAGGGAGUAAAUCGACGCCGAGCGGUACGGCCCGUUUCUUUCGCCGCUCCCGGAUCUAUGGAGUGCACUUAACGGCUCGCCGGACCGGACCGGGCGGCGCGAGUGAGGGCAAAAUGUGGUUAGCUGGGAAGGGGGUACAGAAACUGUGAGGCUGAUCGUAACCCUUCUCCCGCUGCCCCCCAGAAGUCUGAGAAAGUGUCGGACCACGCUGCGGCAAAACCUGGGCCACUGGCACUAAGAUGUCCCUGAACAGUGGCCCUGCAGGCGGGAAAGGUGUGGACUCGAACGCGGUGGACGCUUACGACAGCGGCGAUGAAUGGGACAUCGGCGUGGGCAAUCUGAUCAUCGAUCUCGACGCCGACCUCGAAAAGGACAAGCUUGAAAUGUCUGGCACCAAGGAAGCCGGGGGCAUGGCGGCGCCCCCCAGUGCCGUGGCGGCUUUGCCCGACAAUAUUAAAUUUGUGAGCCCCGUGCCCACCCCCCAGGGUAAGGAGAGCAAGUCAAAAUCGAAGCGCAGCAAGAACUCUAAAGAUGGCUCCAAGGCAUCAGCCGCCGACGGGGCCAAGAAGGAGCCCCAGGGAACAGCCACCACGGCGGGAAUGGCCUCUGCUGGCGUUCCGGGGGCCGGGAAGGGCUCAGAAAAGAGCGGGAAGGCCUCCCGCAGUACCCCUGCGGGGAAGAAGGACAAAGAGGCAGGUUCUGCAAAGAGCAAGAAGGAGAAAGCUGAAGGGGUGCAGAGCGGAGUCACCGGGGAAAAGGACACUGGGGCGCCACCGCUCACCCUGGGGGCUGCGCGCAGCGCGCCCUUCGAGGCGACACCCUGCACGGACUUGGCUGCGGCCGAGCCGCUCGGGAAUGCCGUUCUGGAGCCUGUCGGGCCAGUGCCUCUGCUGGCCAUCAAGACAGAGCCGGAGGAUCUGGACAACGGGGAGUGUAGGGCCGUGAAGAAGGUGAAGAGCGAGAAGAUGGAGUCUCCGGUCUCCACCCCCGCCCCUCCCCCACUGCAGCUGCUGGCUCCGGUGUCCCACGGCGACAUCGCCUCCCCGUGUGAGCAGAUCAUGGUGCGCACGCGCUCCGUGGCAGUCAACACGGCCGACGUGGGCCUGGCCACCGAGCCGGAGUGCCUGGGCCCGUGUGAGCCGGGCACCAGCGUCAACCUGGAGGGCAUCGUGUGGCAGGAGACUGAGGACGGAAUGUUGGUGGUGAACGUCACCUGGAGAAAUAAGACUUAUGUUGGCACCCUCCUGGACUGCACCAGGCAUGACUGGGCCCCCCCAAGGUUCUGCGAGUCUCCUACCAGCGACUUGGAGAUGCGGAACGGCCGAGGUCGAGGCAAGCGCAUGAGACCCAACAGCAACACCCCCGUUCAUGAGAACAGCAAUUCCUCCGACAACAAGGGCAGCAACAACAGCAAGACACGAGCCGGCUCCAACAGCAAGGGCAGACGGGGAAGCCAGAACUCCUCUGAGGGCCGCACACCACCCAACAGCAAUGCAGAGGACAUCAAGGCUAGCCCGUCUUCUGCCAGCAAGCGCAAGAACAAGCCCCCGUCAGACAUGGAACCCAACUCAAGCUCGGAAGACACCAAGGGCAGCAAGCGAAUGCGCACCAACUCCAGUGGCAGUGGUGCUCAACCCCCCGGCCUGCCAGUUUCCACGAUCAAGCCAGAGCCCCUGCCACCCCCACUAGACCGGAGCUGCCCCUCGCCUGUCCUCAUCGACUGCCCCCACCCCAACUGCAACAAGAAGUACAAGCACAUCAACGGUCUGAAGUACCACCAGGCACGUGCCCAUAAUGAUGACGACGUCAAGCUUGAUCUGGACGGUGACAGUGAGUACGGGGAGGACUCGACGUUACACCCGGAGCCUGGCGGCUGUAAUGGUGCCUCCAUCUUGCAGAAGGGCUGCCUUUCCCCCGCUCGCUCAGUCACCCCUAAAGGCAGAGGCUUUGAUGCUCAAAGUCCUUCUCCUUCUGCUGGCAAGUUUGGCUCCAAACAGCCAAGCAAGAAGAAGCCUGGAGAUGGCGAUCAGGAAACUGGGGCGAUGCCCAUGGACGGCUGUGAGGAUGGGCCGUGUCUCACCGACGAGGCCAGCAAUGAUGGCAUGGAUGACAAGAAGGCUUCCGACAAGGAUAAAUCCAGGAAACCAGGAGGUGCCAAAUCAGACAAGUUGCCGCAGAAGAGCAUAAAAUCUGCUCGGCCGAUAGCUCCAGCCAUGCCCGGCCAGCAACUCUACCCUCUUCCAGUCACACCCUAUACAGCUGGGGGCCCAGUCUCUGGUCCUGCCAUGACCACUGUUGUGCAGGCCAUUCCCAAGAGCCCACAGCUGAAAGCCAUUCAGCCCAAGCCCACUGUGAUGAGUGACCCAUCGACAGCCAACCCAGCCCUGGGCAGCUCCAAGGAUAAGAAAAAGAAGGACAAGAGGAAGAAGGAGGCAUGCAAAGAUGCAGAAAGCCCCAGGCCUCAGGGAAAGGGCGGAAAACCUGAGGAGGGCAAGAGUCCAUAUUCAGAGUCCUCUGACCCAGGGGCCAAGAGUGAGGGACUCCUUAAUGGCUCCUCAGACCCCCUUCAGAGCCGCCUGGCCAGCAUCAAAGCUGAAGCGGACAAAAUCUACAGCUUCACCGACAACGCUCCUAGCCCUUCUAUAGGCGUGGCCAGUCGCAUGGAGAGCAGCACUAUGGGCCAACCGCUGACACCGCUUCACGUCGCCGCUCAGAACGGCGCUGACAACGCCUCCGUGAAGACCAACAGUCCUGCUUACUCAGAUAUAUCUGAUGCCGGGGAGGACGGUGAGAGCAAAAUGGAGGCCAUGAAGGCCAAGUCAGAGGAGCAGGCUGUGAGGGAAGGAGCCAAGAAGGCCUUAUUCCCCUCUCAGACUCCCAGCAAGGAUUCACCGUACUAUGCCAAUUAUGAUACCUACUACUCCCCUGGCUACACCAACCCCAGCCCGGGGGGCUCCAGUGCUGCUGCAGGAGCCGCUCCUCUGACCGAGGGAGGACAGCCUGUGAAGGUCAAGAAGGAAGAGGAGCCGGAGCCUCGGGAGGUGAAGGUGAAGCCAGAGCCACAGGAUGAGCGGAAGCCCGAGCUGAGUGCCCCCAGCCAGCAGCAACCCUCGGUCAUCCAGCAGCGCUCCAGCGUCUACAUGCAGCCGCUCUACUACAACCAAUAUGCCUACGUAUCUCCUUACGGCUACCCUGAUCAGGCCUACCACAACCAUCUGAUGAGCACCAGCCCGGCCUAUCGACAGCAGCAGGAGGAGCGGCAGCGGCAGGCGGCAGCCGACAAGAAGACUGAGGCGGCCCUGAAGGAGCGGGAGGCCUCCAUGAAGGAGGAGUGGAAGCAGAAGGCCUCCAUCCCCCCGACUCUGUCCAAGGCACCCAGUCUCUCGGACCUUGGCAAGGCCCACCACCCCAGUAAGUCCAAAGACUCUUCGUCGGAUGCCGUGAAAUCCGUCAUCAUCCCGAAAGGCGAGGAUGCAAAGGCACAGGCCCAGCCGUCAGAGGGUCUGAAGGCAAAGCUGGGCGAAGGGGCGCACCACGGCAAGGAGGAGCCCAAGCCGGGAGGGGACCACGCCAUGUGGUACAGACAGGAGACGGAGGCACGCCUCUGGCCCUACGUGUACCCCAGCAAGUACCCUGAGGCUCAGAAGCAGCAGCAGGAAGAGGAGCAACGCUGGCGGGAGGAGAGGGAGAGGGAGCGGGAGCGGGAUAGAAAGGGCAAGGAGGAACGGCCACGACCCAAGGAGGCCAUGACUAAGGAGGAAAGUAAGGAGAGCUCUGACCCUCGUUCGGUGGCCACCCCGUCAGAAGAGCACCGGAGCAUCGCCAAGGAUCCCCGGGCGGCUGCUCACAUGGCCUUCUCCUCCUCGCUGGCACAGCACCAGUCCUACAUGCCCUACGUGCACAGCUACCCCUAUGGACAGGGCUACGACCCCGGGCACCCCGGCUACCGCGGCAUGCCCUCCGUCAUGAUGCAGAACUACCCCGGGUCUUACCUAUCGGCAGGUUACUCAUUCCCGCCGUACGGUGGCAAGGUGGCGGCCGCAGAGGAGGGAGAGAAGGCCCGCGGCAGCCCCACGGUGAGUGCCAAGGGGGCCCCGGACGCCAAAGCUCUGGACAUCCUGCACCAACACGCUAGUUACUACAAGAGCAAGUCACCAACGGCGGCUGACAAGGCAGGCCACGAGCGGGAGCGAGAGCGGGGGGGCGUGCCGGAGCGCGACAGGGAUGGGGAGCGGCCGCGCUCCUCCCCCUCCCAGCGCAUCAUGCCCCCCCACCCCCACCACCACCACCUGGGCUACCCGCUGCUCUCAGGGCAGUACGACCUCUCCUAUGCCACAGGUCUCUCCUCAUCAGCCAUUGUUGCCAGUCAGCAAGCCUCCACACCCUCCCUGUACCCUCCCGCGAGGAGGUGAGACCGGGAGACCUGAUUGGCUACCUCAACCUUACAGGAGUCAUGUGACUGGAUCACAUGACGAAGCGUGCAGAGUUUGUUUAGACAUCAGUUAAAUGGUGUUCAUUUUGUAUUUUUUUAUUUUUUCGGCUUUCCGCCUGGAUGUUCAGCAGGCUGUCCUCCUCCCAAUGGGCUUGCGCAUGGGCCCCCGGGCCCCCGAGCCCUGCCCUCUCAACACGCAGCUGGCCCCAGAGCUCUGUUUUGCACUGUGGCGGACUCGCUAGACGGAAGAGAUGCUACCUGAAGGACCUUCAUCCAGUCAGUUUCUCUUUUGCAGUAAUAUUUGAGGGGGGGGAGCAAAUCCCUGAAGAGAAAUGAAAUCACUACAAUUUGAGAGGGUUUUAAUGCUGCCUCUAGCACACUACUAUCUGAGAAGGGGUGGGGAGACAUCCCCACUGGGCCAGUGGAUGUAGGUGCAGAGGUAACCACGGCAACACAGCUCACCAGCAGAGCCCUUCCAUCUAUCUCCGCCGGGGCGUGAACAUCACCCUGAAGAAACAGAGCAGGGAGGCUCCUCACGCUGCUGGGCCCCCCAGUGCGUCAUGUGACCUGCCCCCUUCUAGUUUCUAUUGGGUGCUGCAGAAUAUGAGAAUGCCAUCUGCCUCUGGCUCCUACCUGCAGGGUGUGAUGAGUGUGGGCAGGGACGAGGAUGAGGAGCUGGCUGCAGUGCAUUCCUCUCACAGUUCAGGAGACCGUGUUUGGUCCCUGGAUGGGACGCCAUGGCAAGCUUUGGGGGGGUCUUUCUCAGGGUGCCCCCCUCCCUCCAAGUCGAACGCAUCCCAUUCUCUCCCAGAACACAGCCUCCCCCGCAUGGUGUAAAUUAGCACUGAAAAGCAUUAACCCGCGCCGAGCCACGCCUCCUGUCCACGCCAUGAGGUUCCCGUCUGCUUUCUGUAUAUAGUGUACAGAGGAAUUAUUUUAAAAAGGCAGUCGGACGAAUUUGCUACCCUUUCUUCUCUUAGCCUUUAUCUUUUUUUGUACUAUUGUUGAUAUGAUAUGGAAACGGUAGCUAAUGAUGUAUUUGAAGUGUCCCUCCUGUCCCAGUAGCCCUGGUCUGCACCACUAACCCCCUACCUGAUUAUUCCCCCAUCGGGAAAUGAGGGACCUCAAGGCGUUCGUGCCUGUGUCUGUUCUUAGACCCUCUCCAGGAGGGGUGAGGCUCUCCUUGGUCUUGGUCCAUUUGCGAGCAGGUGUUUCCAUGGAGACUACAAAAUACUGCCUGCCAGGGAGACAGUAACUCGGGUUUGUAGGUCUUGCUUCUUAACCCAUGGGGUCAGGGGGAACCUGCACCAGGUGGGGCUGGAAGGGACAGGAAGCAGGCCUAGCUUCCUGUGGGGGUGGUCCAGUCCAGUCACUUCUCAGACCUGUUUUAAAGAUGUUCUUAAAUUCAAAGAAGUUGCAGUUUUGAAGUCCGGAUGGCCCUGUUCAUGGAUUUGUGACGUUCAGACACCUGCCCAAGACAGAAGCUUCCGGUUUGAAGCAGUUCAUGUGCUUAACUUUCCAACACCUUCUGUAGGUUUCUGCUCUUCUGGAUGUUUUUAAAUGGAGGUGGUUAAAGGCUAAAGGGGUUUUUGUGGGGGGGGGGGGGGGGGGCUCUUGAGUCUUUAAUUUAUUUGAGUAUUUUUCCCCUGUUACUUUUACCAAUCAUGGGAUUGAUCUGUCAGUCUUUUACCACAACACGGCCAUUGCUGAGGCACUCAUCUUAAAUGGUGCUGGAUGCAGGGCGGGUUGGGGUGGGCUGUCCCGCUCUUCCUGCAGUGACACCCCCACCCUCCUCCUCCACCGUUCCCCCGUGUCGUUCAUUUCCAGUGGACAGUGGUUCAGUAUCAGUCGGUACUUGAAAUAAAGAUGUUUACAGUUAUUUAGGUUUUUUGUUUGUAGUUGCUGUGUUUCAUUUUGUUCUUCAGGUUCAUCAAAACCCCCACCAACCCCAUCAGAGUUCUUAUGUAAAGUGUACAUUUUGAGUUUUCUUUUUUAUACAAUACUGUAACUUGCCUUUGUACAUUUAGGCAAAAAAAAUAAAUCUUUUUAUGAGACAAUCACA